AGAACUCCCCCCCAGAAUUACCCACGUUCAAGCAGUUAGCAGCUAAGUAGCUAGCUCGCUGGCUAACUAGCCGCAGCGGCGCGGGUAGAUGGCUGUUUCUACCGGAUCUUUCUCCACGGCAAGACGACAAGAUGGGCUUUUGUUCUCAACACAGACAGUCCCAGAAACCCUGGAUAGAAAGCACUUUCACCAAGAGGGAAUGUGUGUACAUACUUCCAGCGUCAAAGGACCCCCACAGAUGCCUUCCAGGAUGCAAGAUUUGCCAACAGCUGGUCCGGUGCUGCUGUGGCCGGCUGGUGCGGCAGCAUGCGGGCUUCACAGCCAGCUUGGCCACAAAGUACUCGGAUGUGAAGUUGGCUAGAAGCUCCAACGUGCCCACUCUGGAGGAGUGGUCUGUGGAAAAACACACAGAAGCGAGCCCGACUGAUGCCUAUGGCGUCAUCAACUUCCAGGGAGGGUCUCACUCGUACAAAGCUAAGUAUGUGCGUUUGUCCUAUGACACUCGGCCAGAGAGCAUCCUGCGGCUGAUGCUGAAGGAGUGGCACAUGGAGCUUCCCAAGAUCCUCAUCUCUGUCCACGGAGGAGUUCAGAACUUUGAGCUGCACCCGCACAUCAAGCAGGUGGUGGGCAAGGGCCUCAUAAAAGCUGCAGUCACCACAGGGGCCUGGAUUCUCACCGGAGGGGUCAACACAGGUGUGGCAAAGCACGUAGGAGACGCUCUCAAAGAGCACUGUUCAAGAUCAUCCAAGAAAAUUUUCACUAUUGGCAUCGCACCGUGGGGCAUCAUUGAAAACAGGAACGAUCUUAUUGGCAGAGACAUUACAGCUCCGUAUCAGACUCUGUUGAAUCCCCUCAGCAAACUAAACGUCCUCAACAAUCUGCACUCUCAUUUCCUCCUGGUGGAUGACGGGACGGUGGGCAGGUACGGAGCCGAAGUGAAACUGAGGCGAGACCUGGAAAAACACAUCAACCUACAGAGAAUACACGCACGAAUUGGUCAGGGUGUUCCUGUUGUGGCACUUAUCUUGGAGGGUGGUCCCAACGUGAUCCUGACUGUCCUGGAGUACCUUCAGGAGAGCCCUCCUGUCCCAGUGGUGGUGUGUGAGGGGACCGGCCGUGCUGCUGACAUAUUGGCCUACGUCCACAAGCAGACAGAGGAAGGAGGAGGUCUUCCUGAUGGAGUGGAGACAGACAUCAUCGCAACCAUUAAGAAAACAUUCAACUUCAGCCAGAGCGAUGCCAUCCAUCUAUUUCAGGCUCUGAUGGAGUGCAUGAAGAGCAAAGAACUGAUCACCGUGUUUCACAUCAGCUCCGAGGAACACCAGGACAUUGAUGUAGCCAUUCUGAGAGCCUUGCUCCAAGGAACAAAUGCAUCUGCCUUCGAUCAGCUGGUCCUGACUUUGGCCUGGGAUCGUGUAGACAUUGCCAAGAAUCAUGUGUUUGUGUACGGGCAGCAGCUUGUGGUGAGCUCUCUGGAGCAAGCGAUGCUGGAUGCUCUGGUCAUGGACAGGGUAGACUUUGUAAAGCUGCUCAUAGAAAACGGCGUCAGCAUGCACCGUUUUCUGACAAUCAGUCGUCUGGAGGAGCUGUACAACACGAAACAUCCGCCCAACAACCCAACUCUCCUCCACCUGGUUAGAGAUGUUAAGCAGAGUAAUCUUCCUCCAAACUAUAAACUCACUUUGAUCGAUGUAGGUCUGGUCAUUGAGUACCUGAUGGGUGGGACUUACAGGUGCAACUACACAAGGAAACGCUUCAGAAUCAUUUACAACAAUCUCCAUGGCAACAACAGGAGGUCUGGGCGUCACAUGGCAGGGCCUGGCUCUCAUCUGAGGAAAAGUCACGAGACGUUUACCAUGCAGGCUGAUAAGAAGGAGAAGACGAGGCACAAUCACUUCAUCAAGACUGCACAGCCGUACAAACCCAAGCUGGAGAAUGCUUCUGACCAGAACAAGAAGAAAAGCAAAGAGGAGAUCGUGGAUAUCGAUGACCCAGAGACUCGCCGUUUCCCCUACCCUUUCAACGAGCUCUUGGUGUGGGCAGUGCUGAUGAAGAGGCAGAAAAUGUCUCUGUUCUUCUGGCAGCACGGAGAGGAGAACAUGGCGAAGGCGCUGGUGGCCUGUAAACUCUGCCGCUCCUUGAGCUACGAGGCCAAGAAGAGCGACGUGGUGGACGACACCUCCGAGGAGCUCAAAGAGCACUCAAAUGAGUUUGGAACGUUAGCACUGGACCUUCUGGAGCAGUCCUUCAGGCAAGAUGAAACCAUGGCCAUGAAGCUCCUCACCUAUGAGCUAAAGAAUUGGAGCAACUCCACCUGUUUGAAGUUGUCCGUCUCUUCUCACCUGCGGUCCUUCGUGGCUCACACCUGCACACAGAUGCUGCUGUCGGACAUGUGGAUGGGACGGCUGAACAUGCGCAAGAACUCCUGGUACAAGGUGAUUCUGAGUAUCUUGGUGCCUCCUGCCAUCCUGCUGUUGGAGUAUAAAUCUAAAGCUGAGAUGGCUCACAUCCCUCAGAGUCAAGAUGAUCACCAGAUGACCAUGGAGGACAGCGAGCACAACUUUCAGAACAUAGCAGACGACAUCCCGAUGGACGUCUUCAAGGAGGCCAAGCCCCACGAACACAUGGAGGGAAAACAUGACAUGGAGACGCAUGUUCGCUCCCGAAAGCUGCCCCUAACAAGAAAAAUCUACACCUUCUACCGUGCUCCCAUUGUCAAGUUCUGGUCCAACACGCUCUUCUACCUGGGCUACUUGAUGCUGUACACAUACGUGGUUCUGGUGAAACUGCCUGAUUGGCCGUCUCCUCAAGAGUGGGUGGUCAUCCUCUACAUCUUCACCUUUGCCAUCGAGAAAAUCAGAGAGAUGUUUAUGUCUGAAGCAGGAAAAAUUGGCCAGAAAAUAAAGGUGUGGUUCAGUGACUAUUAUAACAUGUGUGACUUUCUGGCCAUUGUGAUGUUCUUUAUCGGCUUCGGCUUGAGGCUGGGCCAAGAGGCCCCUUCCGUCCCGGGGAGGAUAGUUUACUGUCUUAAUAUCAUCUUCUGGUACGUUCGACUGCUGGACAUCCUGGCUGUAAACCAGCAAGCUGGACCUUAUGUCAUGAUGAUCGCUAAAAUGGUGGCCAACAUGUUUUAUAUUGUGGUCAUCAUGGCUAUUGUCCUCCUGAGCUAUGGGGUACCGAGGAAAGCCAUUCUGUACCCAAAUGAGGAGCCCAGCUGGAGUCUGGCCAGAGAUGUGGUUUUUCAACCGUACUGGAUGAUGUACGGGGAAGUGUACGCCUAUGAAAUUGACGUUUGUGCCAAUAACUCUGAUGAGUCGGUAAAGCCCCUGUGUGGACCAGGAGUGUUUCUGACUCCUUUCCUACAAGCAGUCUACCUCUUUGUACAGUAUAUACUGAUGGUUAACCUUCUCAUUGCCUUCUUUAACAAUGUGUAUAUGCAAGUAAAGUCCAUCUCUAAUCUGGUGUGGAAGUACCAGCGCUACCACUUCGUUAUGGCUUAUCAUGAGAAGCCUGUCCUCCCACCUCCCUUCAUCCUGCUGUGCCACGUUUACUCCCUCUUCUGUAUGUGUAGAAAGAGGAAGAAGGAGAGCACCUAUGGACCAAAGCUGUUUCUCACUGAGGAAGACCAAAAGAAGCUUCACGACUUCGAGGAGCAGUGCGUGGAGACAUACUUUCAUGAAAAGGACGAUCGUCUUCAUUCUGGAAGUGAGGAGCGAAUACGUCUUACCUCAGAAAGGGUAGAGACGAUGUGUCUGCAGCUGAAGGAGGUCGGGAACAAGGUGAACUUCAUAAAGCGAUCCUUGCACACGUUGGACUCGCAGAUUGGUCACCUUCAAGACCUCUCAGCUCUGACUGUGGACACCCUGAAGACGCUAGCUGCUCAGAGGGCAUCCGAGGCCAGCAAGGUCCACACUCAGAUCACCCGGGAGCUCAGUCUGUCCAAGAACGUGGUCCCGAGCAUUGUUCCUGUGCCAACAGACUCCAAAACGUCCAUCAUAGGCAAACGCAGUGUGGGAGCCUACUUUGGGUCCUCUUUUCCCCAAACAGAAUCCAACAUUGCAGAUUCUCUUUUUGGGACUGGAGCUGAAGGAGGAGCUGGGCUGGAAAGCCGCCGGAGAUUCGGGCCCAGCCCAGGAACUGAACUGGGGCUGGAGCCCACUUUGAGCCCAUCAUUGAGUCCAGAGAAGAAGAGCUUAUUUGGGCUUGGACACCUGGCUGCAGAGGCUGGUUCCUCGAGCAGUGCCUUUGUCCAAAGUGCUGUUUUGGGUGCGUCUCCAGAGCUCUGUCACCGAGGCCACCAGCUCUCCCAGAGCAAACUAACCCGUCCGCAAGAGCUGCACCUUUCUGACUCACCAUCCAGUCUGCCCAAUGUGCCCUCCUCUGGUGCUCAGUUCCAAAUCAGCAGCACCCCAACCCAGCCUAGUGGCUCCAGCCACCCCGAACUUGCUCUGGCUGGACUUUACCAGCCACCCCCCAAGCCAGGGCACAUUCCUGUAGCGUUUGGGGCGUUUGUAGGUGAGUAUGAGAAUGAAGCUCAGUGUACUGUAGAGAAAACAGAGGAGAAGUGUGCUUGUGUGUAUCCUACAGUUAUUGUUAUCUCUGAGAAAUCAAGUUCUGCUCAGCCUGCCUGCAUGCCUGCUUAUGCUGCGAAGCCAGAGAAUACACAGGGGUUAAGAAGUGGGGAGGGGGAGAAGGCUGCGAUGUGGGGAUACGUGAAUGAAGCAUUCAUUGAUGAAGAAGAAGGUCAGUGUGGUGCUGUUAGAAGAACCACACACACAGAAAUUCUCUCAGAUCCAGAGGCUUCACCACCCCUAGAACCAGGCUGCUCACAAGACCCUGCUGUGGUGACCAGAAGACGCCCCAGGCGAAAGAGCGGUGGUGUUUCAGAACCAGCAGCGUCUCCAUGUGACGGUCAAACUGGGUCGAAAGACAUACAUGGCAAGAAGAUGAUGGCAAGACAAGCAAAGACGAGAGGACACAAAGACACUUUGGAUGUUCAGCACUCUAUGCCCAAAGAGACCUCCAGCAGACAGCACAGCCCGACCCCACAGGCCAGGUCUCAGGCUGAAGGGCCCGGUCUUAUCAGGGCGGUCAACUCGUACGCCGGCUUCACUGAGUUUGACAGAAAGCCCCCUCUUCUUCACCCUGACUCCACUCUCACAAAGAAGGACCGGAGCAGAGUUUCUGCUGAAGAUAUCCCCAGAGCUGCAGUACUUGAAAGAAUUCAGGUCAAAUCAGCUCAAGCCAGCAGCCUGAGACCACCCGAGGAAGACUCACUGAACACUGCAGUUCCUCUGUACGCCGCACACCACCCCCACCUCGGUGCCCGGAAGGACUCGAUUGGCUCACCGUUCAAGCCGAUGGAAAGCUACCAAUACUCAGCUGUGGAGCGUAACAACCUGAUGAGGCUGUCUCAGAGCAUCCCUUUCACCCCGGUGCCCCCUAGAGGAGAGCCGGUGACGGUGUACCGUCUGGAGGAGAGCUCCCCCAACACCAUCAACAACAGCAUGUCCUCCUGGUCCCAGCGAGGCUUCUGUGCCAAAAUCGAAUUUCUCAGCAAGGAGGAGAUGGGCGGGGGGCUGAGACGGGCCCUCAAGGUGCUCUGCACUUGGUCUGAGUACGACAUCCUGAAACCAGGACACCUGUACAUCGUCAAGUCCUUCCUUCCUGAGGUGGUCCAAACGUGGCAGAGCAUCUAUAAGGAGGACACUGUGCUGCAUCUUUGUCUCAGGGAAAUUCAGCAGCAACGGGCCGCUCAGAAGCUGACAUUUGCCUUCAACCAGAUCAGGCCAAAGACGAUUCCUUACUCUCCAAGGUUCCUUGAAGUGUACCUGUUGUACUGCCACUCAGCCGGACAGUGGUUCGCCAUCGAGGAGUGCAUCACCGGCGAGUUCAGGAAGUUCAACAACAACAACGGAGACGAGAUCAUUCCCACCAACCUCCUGGAGGAAACCAUGCUGGCCUUCAGCCACUGGACCUACGAGUACACCCGGGGAGAGCUCCUGGUGCUCGACCUGCAGGGUGUUGGGGAGGUUCUAACGGAUCCUUCAGUUAUAAAGAGUGGAGAAAAAGGGUCCUACGACAUGAUAUUUGGACCUGCCAACCUCGGAGAUGACGCCAUCAGAAACUUUCGUGCAAAGCAUCACUGCAACUCCUGCUGUCGGAAACUCAAGCUUCCUGAUUUGAAGAGGAACGAGUACACACCUGACAAGGUGGCGUUUCCCCAUGAGGACCCUCCGAACCCAGGGGGCGGAGCCAAAGAGCCCCGCCCAUCAAUGAAACUGAUGCUGUGAUCAGAGACUGUGUGUGUGAAAGAGUGAGUGCUUUGGUCCGUCACCAACACGUUUCCAUGGAAACCAGAGCGUGCAGACCAUCAUGUUUUGUUUGUCCCACUAUAUCGCUGUCAAACGCAAACCAACCUUUUUCUUUUCAGAACAAACUUUGGGAGGGAAGAGGUUUUUAAAACAUUUUUAUACAAGUUUAUGAACACAUAUAUAAAUAUAUAUAUAUGUAGAUGAACUGGAUAUAUGAGCAGGUACCGUGUCACUACAGAAGGUUUAUGUAUUUUACCAAAAAAUAAAGAAAAAACAAUCCCAGUGCUUUGUUUGUGUGUUGCAGCCUGCAGCAAUGCAGUUUGACACCUGAGCUUUCUUUUUUUUAUGUAAACAAAAUUGUAUCUUACCUUUUUGUUUUUUAGCUAAAGAAAAGAAAUCCAUGAAUUUAAAAAUCUUGUAAAAUAUGGGCAGAUCGCAAUGCAGCUUUUACAGAUGUGUGAUUUUAUUGUAUUGAAAAUGUGUCCAGCAGAAUAUGGCUGAUGGUUUUUCUUGUUACAAAGGUACUAUUGCUUUAUCUUUGUCAUCAGCUGUUUGAGCAAACUCCAGUCUGUGUCUUCUAGAUACUUAACAUGACACGAACUGAACAGAUUGGACUUUUAUUCAGGGGAAACUCGCAAACAUAAGGGUAUUACUGUAUACAUUUUGUACUGAACAUCAUUUUAAACAA